CUCUGCGUCCCGGGCCCGGCCCAGCCUCCAUCUCCGCCUGCGCCUCCCGGCUGGGGCCGGGUGCUGCCGAUACCACGAGCAAGGGGGCAGGAGGCUUCGGCCUCUCCGGGCGGUCGCGCUGGCAGGACUGCCCUAUGUGGCGGCGAAGAGCCCGCUCCGCGCCGCCCUGCGGCCGGGAGGGCGAGGGCGGCCACCGGCGGGCUGCACUGUUGCCGGGUUGGGGGCUCCGGGCCCAGGCCUGGGUCGCCGCUCUCUCGGUCUCCUCCGUGGCGUCCCUGUGUGGAGUGGGCCUUCCCUGGGGUCUUUCGUCUCCCGCCACGAUAGUCAUGGAUCAGGUAAUGCAAUUUGUUGAACCUAGUCGGCAGUUUGUGAAGGACUCAAUUCGGCUUGUCAAAAGAUGUACCAAGCCAGAUAGAAAAGAAUUCCAGAAGAUCGCUAUGGCAACAGCAAUAGGAUUUGCUAUAAUGGGAUUCAUUGGAUUUUUUGUUAAAUUGAUCCAUAUCCCUAUUAAUAACAUCAUUGUUGGUGGCUGAAGACUUCUGGAAGACAUUGCUGCUUCAAGCUUGAUGGACAAGUUUGGGGUUGGGAAGGUGUUGGCUUUGUUCAUUUAGUAAAAAUUUUGUCUUAUGUGGUUUACCUUCGUGGUAUUUUCAAUGUCUGCAUUAAAAUAACUUUUGCAAAAA